AUGAAAACCAUAGUAUCAUCACAAAAAAUUACAAUUCCUGAAGGAGUCCAAGUUGCAAUAAACUCGAGGAAAGUAACAGUAACAGGAAAACAUGGAACAUUGAAAAAGAGUUUUAGACAUUUGCCAGUUGACAUUCGUUUAAACAAAUUAAAAAAAUACAUAAAAGUAGUUAUGUGGUUUGGUGUCCCAGAUAGAUUGGCUUGUAUCAGAACUGUGUGCACUCACUUAAAAAAUAUGUUUACUGGAGUAACUAAAAAAUUUUUAUACAAAAUGAGAUUAGUACAUGCACAUUUUCCCAUCAACUCAAAUAUUGUUAAUGAUAAUAAAUUAAUUGAAAUUAGAAAUUAUUUAGGAGAAAAAAGAGUUCGAUUUGUUAAGGCAUUACCAGGUGUUCUUAUUGAAAAAUCACCAAAUGUUAAAGACGAAAUAUAUGUUAGUGGAGCAGACAUCGAAAAUGUAUCUUUAACUGCUGCUUUAAUACAUCAAUCAGUUUUAUGUAGAAAUAAGGAUAUUCGUAAGUUUCUUGAUGGUAUUUAUGUAUCUGAAGUUACAACUGUAGAAAAAGAUGAAUAA